AUGGGCGGAGGAGCCUUCCUCCCGGCUUUGAUUCUCGCCUUGUGCCGUACCGUCACCCAGGACCAGCGAGGCAUGAAGGCCAACUUCUACUUCGUCACCAUCCCCGCCCAGCUCACCCCGUUCUGCAUGAUGCUCGUGUCGCUGCUGUUCCCUGGGGGGUACUAUACCUUCAUGAUCCAGCUCAUGGGUUUUAUCGCCGCUCACCUGUAUGACUUUUUGUCCAGGGUGUGGCCGGAGUUCAGCGGCGGUCGCAAUUUGAUCCCCACGCCUGGCUUCCUCUCGCGUCUUGUUCAGACCCCCCGCUUCAAUCAGCGUGGCUACGGCACUGCUGUUCGCGGUGGCGGAGGUGCUUCGGCCCAGGCUGCCGGCAGCAGCACUGGCAUUUCUCAAGGCGGCGGAGUUCUUCCCGACUCGUGGAGGACGAGAGGACCUGGAAGACGUCUGGGCUAA